AUGUUUACCUUGAAAGUAAACAAUGAGAAUGUAGAAGAAGGUAAAACUUAUUUUAAUAAAAGUAUGUUUAAAAAUCUAAUCCAUCAUUUUUAUAUUACUUGGCUAAGCAAUAUUUGGUAAAGAUUAAAACUUAAUAUUAUUCAAACUUUUACAAGUAUGUAUUAAUAUAAUUCAAGUUAGCAAAAUNAAUUAAACUCAAAGAUUUUUUGUGCUCAUGGAGGUUUAUCACCUGCAAUGGAAUCUGUAGAUCAAAUUAAAUAACUUAAUAGAGUCUAAGAUAUUCCACAUGAAGGAUUAAUGUGUGAUUUAUUAUGGAGUGAUCCUGAAGAAACAAAAAAUGGUAUUUAAAUUAAUUAUACAUUUAAGGAUGGGGAAUAUCUCCAAGAGGUGCAGGUUGGACCUGGGGUUGUGAUAUUACAGAGAAAUUCUUACACUCUAAUAAAUUGAAAUAAAUUGCCAGAGCUCAUUAAUUAGUUAUGGAAGGAAUACAAAAAGUUCAUAAUCAAAAGACUAUUACUAUAUUCUCUGCUCCUAAUUAUUGUUAUAGAUGUGGUAAUUAAGCAUGUAUCGUUGAGGUUGAUGAAUAACUUAAAAUGAAUUAGUAUAAUUAACUAAUAUUUAUUAUAGAAUAUAAUUUGAACCAGCACCAAGAGAAAAUGAACCUCAUACGACCAGAAGAGUACCUGAUUAUUUUCUUUGA